CUUCGACCCGUGACCGCAUCAGCGGAAAUGAGGAACUAGGAAGUCGAGUGCAGGCAGGGCUGAUGUGGAAUACCACACAUUUGUUUAAGAUGAAUUAGUGUCGACUAAAGCAAUUUAUUCAUUUCCAUCCACCACAGAUGUAGAGAAUUGAUACCGGUUCGUUUAGGCAGUCAUCCCACAGUGGCGUCGCUAGCUGUGCUCGAGAAAGAUGCUUCAGAGGUGACCUGAGUUGGAGUUUUACAGCAUCAUUACCUGCUCUGUUAAUAGACGCAACUUUUGUAAUGACAAAUAUGUUCUUCCCACACUGUUAAACAUUACUUUCAAUUUUUAUCACCUUUGGUCACUCAUUUCCUGUGAUUAGAAGCUAAACAAAAUGCCAAGGCCAAAUUGAAGUACUACACUUAAUCAUUUCACACACCAAAAUCCAUAGUUUCACAUUAGAAGUCAUCAUGUCAUUGGGCGAACAGUCGCAGAAGUGGUUUCCAACUCAUGUCCAAGCCACUGUUCUGCAAGCCACAGACCUGCAACCAAAGGGCAAGAACGGCACCAACGAUGCCUACACGAUCAUCCAGCUGGGCAAAGAGAAGUACUCCACAUCAGUGGCAGAGAAGACUCUCAACCCGGUGUGGAAGGAAGAGGCUUCGUUUGAACUUCCAGGGCUGCUGAUGGAGAGCAAUCCAGAGGUUUAUGAGCUGUGCCUCACGGUGAUGCACAGGUCCCUGGUUGGAUUGGAUAAAUUUCUGGGCCAAAAACUCAUCAACUUAAAUGAGAUAUUUGACAACAAGGAACGACGGAAAAUUGACUGGUACACUCUAGACUCACGGCCUGGUAAGAAGAGGAAAGAUCGAGGCAAGAUUCAAGUGAGCAUCCAGUUCGUGCGGAACAACAUGACCGCCAGCAUGUUCGAUUUGUCGAUGCGAGACAAACCCAGAUCGCCGUUCUCCAAGCUCAAGGAAAAGAUGAAGGGUCGCAAGCACGACGGUGCCUUUUCAGACACAUCUUCUGCCAUCCUUCCACGCUCAGGACAGAGCGAGGCUGAUUCUCUGCCAGACCAGCACCCGCACCCUCAGGCUGCACCUGAACCCAAGCCAAAACGCUCGCUGCUCACUGGGACGCAGAAACUUUCUGCUGCUCACUCCAUGUCUGAUCUGAUAGGAACUCACUUCAGGCCUAAACUCGACUCUGUGAACUCAGUUGAGGAGAAAAGGGGCGCUACAUCUCACCGACACUCUCAGAGCGAUGGAUAUGGUUGCCCAACCAGCGAUGUGCCAUGUGAUCCCUUUUCCGACAUCGGAGACAACAUGCCCCAGAAAUUCGCCACUCUCCCUCGAAACCGCAAUCCCUUCGAGGGUGAUCAGGGGAUGUGGGGGGCAGAGAAGAAAGAGAAGAAAGAGAAGGUCGGUCUUCUGGGCAGAGUGACUGGGAAGAAGGAAGGAAAGAAAGCGGCCACUGGAGCACGGACAGGAAGCUCUGGAGACCUGCGAUCUCCAAACCCUUUUACCAAUGAAACCUCAAGUGAAACCAACCCUUUCCUCUCACACUACAGAUCCAGUGACAACAUGAGAAAACCCACUAGUAACGAGGACCUUACUCAGAGAUUCAAAACCUCUCCCGACAAGAAGCAUGGCAUGAAAUCUGCAAGAGAACAUGAGCCUGAACAUCUGCAGAUGAGUAUGGCGGCCUACAGCAAUCUCUCCUUUCAGGAAGUGGUGCAAGAGCUCAUCAAGCAGAAAGAGGUGGUAAAAAAGAAAGAUGCUCAUAUUCGGGAGCUGGAGGACUACAUUGAUAACCUGCUGGUCAGGGUAAUGGAAGAGACGCCCAGCAUCCUGAGAACACCCUAUGAGCCCAAGAGAAAAGCUGGGAAGAUCUCGAAGAAGUAAAGGAUCUCAGAAUCAUAUUGUAAUGUAAGAUUUCUGGCAAAAUAAAUAUUGUUUGUAAAAGGACACCGCAAUGUUGGUUGUGACAAAACGCAAGUGUAUUCGUUCGCGCACGGACAGAUUUCAUGUCAUUCAGUUACUCUAGGUUUGCAAGAACAACCGGAUAUAUUGUGAAGAAAAACGGGCACUAAAUGUGGAGAUGCCAAACGGCCUUUUUAGAUUUUUCCAUAUCUUUAUUUUGAUUUUUUUAAAAGAAUCCUAUGAGCUGUUGACUAAUACUUGUGAGUGGAACCAUUUUUGAAAAUAUUCACAAGCAGCCAUUUUUAGUUUAGAGCGACGUUUUUGUGCGAGGAGACCAAUGUUAUGUUUGUACCGAAAAUAACUGUGUUUAAGUUGACUUUUAUUUUGAAUUCAGUCAGUAUAACAGAAUUCAGCACUUAAUACUCUUAGUAGUACUGUGUUUUGGGGUGGACUGUCCAUAUGAGGCCUUGGCUGUGACUGAAUUCACGCUGCAAAAGCUGUACCAUAUCAAUUGACGUACAUGUUUGUCCUACACAAAUAUGUGGUGAAGCAAGGAAACACCUGGACUGAUGGCACCACGGGACAUAGAAGUGAAUGUUUACUGGAUGUUUUAGCACCAGGGCGUAUUGGUUUACUAGAAGACCAUGUUGGGUUUGACAGGGUAACUCUUCUAUCGCUCUUGAGGGUGUUUACACUGUAGACGAAGAGCGAUCAUACUCAUGAUAUUGGCAUGUGUUUGGUGCCAUAUUGAUACGUUAGUUGCAGAAUGUUGGUAAUGAAACCUUUUGGUACUUUUUCAGAUCAGACGUCUAUAAAAUAAUACACUGGUACACUACUAAUUAUUUAUUUUGAGCUUGAUUGCAAUGAGAAAAUGUGUAUGUGAAUAACACGGUUCACUUUACAAGCAACUUUACCAACACAAGUCCAAGAAACAAACUGCCUCUGUGAUGUAUAGUAACAUCAGAAGUGUAGAAAUGAGCAUCGAGUCUCCAAAGACUUUAUUCUGAAUGUCAUUCAGUUGAACUGGAAUGUACUGAUGCUCAGUAUCUUCAGUAUACCGCAGGACUGUCAAAAAAACGUGUGGACUGCCUACAGUUGACUACACCAAAGUGUUGACGGUUUUUGAUUAAACUUAAGCUAACUCGGUCAGUCAGUCAAGCACAGAAAUAUUAUACAGCCCAUUUUAGCAACUAUUUGAACUUAAUUUCCAAGUCUAGCACAUGCAAAUUUGAAACCACAGCAAAUAACUGAUUCAUUUGGGAAGUCUUUGGGAAGUCUGAGUCUUUAGUUCAAAAUGCCUCUCUUCAGUCGGUUUGAUUUAUUACAAUGUAAAGCAUGUUUCUUGCAACAAAAUUAUGAGUAAUGUAGACAAAACCUAGCUAAAGAACAGUUGUUUACAGAUUGCUUUAUAGUUUCAAGGCAGUACUCUUUGACAUUGUACUGCUUUUCCAAUGCAGGACACUUCUUACAGUGUUUACUGUGAUUUUUCUUAUCUUUUAUCAUCUUUAGUACAUAUCUGGUGAAAAAUGACUGUAGGUCUUGGUAACUGCGCAUCUUUUUCGCACCUUAGGCUGAUAUGCUGGAGCAUCUGUGUAGUGAAAUACUGUGUGCAUGUGUGCACCAGAUUCUGAGAAAUGUAAGUUUGAAAAAAAUAGAAUGAUUGAUUGUAAUGUUGAUUUGGUUUAUACAACUGUAAAAUAGCCCGUUUUAAUAUGUUAGCCCUUCAUGAGAAGAACAAAACUGAUACAGGGCAAUUGUUUAGGCCAUAAUACCAAUUUUUGAUGUUUUUGAAACACAAUAGUGUAUGUAUAUAGCUCUGCAGAAAGCUUUCCAGAUGUAGUUUUUCUUAUUAACAUGGUAAAACACUGUGCUGGUUAGUUGUGCUGGAAAGGAAGUCACAUCUUCUAUUAUAUUGGGUCACAAUGAGCAAGUGUUGUAUUCUAGCUAUAAAUUGUUUUGUUUAAAGUUUUAUUUACUUACACUUUAAUAUGUAUUUAGAGAGGUUUACAUGUGUGUAAUUGAGUCAUGUUAAAAUCAUUCAGUGCCACUUGCAGUGUUAAACAUUAAGUGCUGACAUUAAGACCUUAGUGUAAUGUUUUUUUUUAAAUGAGACAAUUACUAAAUUUUUGUUUGUUUCUCCAUGUAGUUCUGUAUACAUGCUAAUUUUUUAACCUUUUUAAUAUGGAUACAUUUAUUUACAAAUGCUUACAAUUCGCCAUCUCAGCUUAUUGCACCCCCCCUUUUUGUGUUUGAUCUGGACUUCUAUGCAUUAUGUGUUCAUUUUCUGCUCAAGCUUUCGAUCAAAUAAGGUUCAGAACUACUUAAGAUUUGCUGUAUAUCUUGUUGUUGGGUGGUUUAGAUGUGUUGCCUCCCAAGAACAGUAUGUAUUGUUGUAUUUUUACCAUAUCACGCACUUUCUUUCUCUCCGUUUUGUCUCAUUGAACUGGAACUGCUAUGCAUCUCUUUCCAGAGCAAUUCUGUGUGGUACUCCGAAUGUAUUUUGACCAAUCAGCAAUGUCUGUAAUCACAAACACAGCGUUGAUCACCCUGUGUAGAUAUUAUUGAGCACUUCUUUUAUCACUUUUUACAGUAUAUACAGCUGAAAAGAUAAUUAUACAAUGUUUGCCUUCAUUAACAGAAUAAUGAUCAACAUGUUGUACAUGUCUUCUUGAUAAUCAACCACAGUGAAACCAAGUAAAUGUCGGUCACAUGACACAUUUGGUUUUUUUAAUAAGUACUUUUUUUUUUUUUUUUUUAAUCAUUGAUUUAAUGGUCCAAAUGUUGGGACUACCUAUUUUUUCCCCUCUUUUUGUUUUUACAAAAUGUUUCUUCUUUCUGUUUCUCUCAUGGCUGUUGAUCUUUGAUUGUAAACUUUUCAUUGUUGUUUAUUUAGCUGUGUUUAUAGCUAUUUAAUGCAUAAUGUGUUACAGUGAUCAUGUUUUUGUAUGCUGCUAUUUUCCUGUGAUUUUCCCAACAGAUGGUUUAGAUGAAUUCUCGUAGCUUCAUUGAGACUUGAUCGAUCUGAGUUUAUAAAUAAAGAUUUUAUUUGUGAUUUUCCUCAAAGGAUAGUAGCAGGACAAACGUAAAAUUAAAAAACAUGAAAUCCACAGUAUCAACACAAAGUUCAAAUAGAAAAUAAUAUUUGAAUAUCAAUUUUUUUUUUUUUUUUUUUUCAUUUGGUGUCUUGUAUACAUUAAUCUCUGGUGCUGCAAUCAUAUCCAAUAAGAUACCAGUUUUUCAGUAUUCUGCAUCAUGUUUGCAUUGAUGUAAACUACUUUCUGCUCAGACACUCCUUCCUUUAAAAUGCUUCUUCUCCACCAAAAACUUGAAUUUCCAAUAGUGUGUAAAUAACACUACUUAGAAUAUAGAAUUUUACCCUAGGAAUUUGCUUACGGUUUUAGAAAAACCAUAGGCAAGGUGAGGACUUUUCUCAAUGAGACACUUUCCUGUAGGGUUUUGCUUAGAUGUAGUUAUUGAUGAUUCAUCCAGAAGUAACACGUCUGUCUUUGUAUUCUUGGCAUGCGGCAUGAAUGAGUGUAGAAGAGAGAGCUGAGUGUAUUGUCUAUGUGACUACCAUAAAAAAGGGGGAAAAUGACGGUACAGCCCAUUUCAAUAAAUCUCCUGUACUUCA